AUGCCCCUGGCUGUGCCCCCGGACCCCCAGCACCCCCCCCGGGGCUGGCUGGCCCAGGGCAGGGGGUCCCCCAGGCUGGUGCUGGUGGUGGUGUUCGUGGCACUGCUGCUGGACAACAUGCUGCUGACCGUCGUGGUGCCCAUCGUCCCCACCUUCCUCUACGCCACGGAGUACGAAGGCGCCAACAGCUCCGUGGCCACGGCCCAGCCCGAGCCAGCUCCUCCAGCCUCGAAGGCUCCUCCUUUCUCCUCCCUCUUCUCCUACUUUGACAACACCACGGUGUCUGUGAGGGGCUCUGACAGCCCCCCGGGGGUGCCCAGUGGGACGGAGAGCGGCCCCCCAGCACAGCCCCCCAGCAGCCCCCCAGCACCCCCGGGGGGCUGCCCGGAGGGGGAUGAGUUCCUGACCAGGGAGAACGUCCGUGUGGGGCUGCUCUUCGCUUCCAAGGCUCUGGUCCAGCUGCUGGUCAACCCCUCCGUGGGCCUCCUGACCAACAGGAUAGGAUACCACAUCCCCAUGUUCGUGGGGUUCUCCAUCAUGUUCCUCUCCACAGUCAUGUUUGCUUUCUCAGGCACCUACACCCUGCUGUUCAUCGCCCGGGCCCUCCAAGGCGUGGGCUCCUCCUUCUCGUCAGUGGCAGGGCUGGGAAUGCUGGCCAGCGUGUACACAGAUGACUGGGAGAGGGGCAGAGCCAUGGGGAUCGCCCUGGGAGGCCUGGCCUUGGGCGUGCUGAUCGGGGCGCCCUUUGGGAGCGUCAUGUAUGAAUUCGCGGGGAAAUCGUCCCCCUUCCUGGUCCUGGCACUCCUCGCCCUCUUGGAUGGAGCCCUGCAGCUGUGCAUCCUGCAGCCCUCCCGCGUCUGCCCGGAGAGCACCAAGGCCACCCCGAUGUCCACCCUGCUGCGAGACCCCUACAUCCUGGUGGCUGCAGGAGCCCUCUGCUUCUCCAACAUGGGGGUGGCCAUGCUGGAGCCCACCCUGCCCAUCUGGAUGAUGCAAACCAUGUGCUCCCCGCAGUGGCAGCUCGGGAUGGCGUUCCUCCCUGCCAGCAUCUCCUACCUCAUCGGCACCAACCUCUUCGGGGUCCUGGCCAGCAGGAUGGGGCGGUGGCUGUGCUCCAUGGUCGGGAUGGCUGUGGUGGGAGUCAGCCUCCUCUGUGUACCUCUGGCCACCAACAUUUAUGGGCUGAUCGGCCCCAACGCUGGGCUGGGCUUUGCCAUAGGAAUGGUGGACUCCUCCAUGAUGCCCAUCAUGGGUUACCUGGUGGACCUGCGCCACACCUCCGUCUACGGCACCGUCUACGCCAUCGCUGACGUGGCCUUUUGCAUGGGCUUUGCCAUUGGUCCCUCCACGGGCGGGGCGAUUGUCGGAGCCCUCGGCUUCCCCUGGCUGAUGGUCAUCAUUGGAGUGACCAACCUGGCCUACGCCCCGCUCUGCCUGUGCCUGCGCAGCCCCCCCGCCAAGGAGGAGAAGAUGGCAAUCCUGAGCCAGGAGUGCCCCAUGAAACCCAAAAGCUACACCGGGCAGAAAUCCCUGCGGGAAUUCCCUCUCUCGGAGGACAGCGACGUGGAGGCAGAGAACACGGAAUAG